GUACAGCUAGAUAGUUUUGCUAUUCCAACCUCCAACUAUAGUCAAACUGUUAGGCAUUGUUGGUUUGUCGUUUCGUUUACUCAUGUGCAUACAACAAAUGCAAAUCCAUUCAAACCCUUGUCGGAAGGGGUGGUAAUGAAGGAAUAGGCGAGAAAAAUAAGUGUUUAGGUACAGUGAGAUAGUAUCGCUAUUCCAGCCUCCAUCAAUAGUCAAAGUGUUAAGCAUUGUUAGUUUGUCGUUUCGUUUACUCAUGUGCGUACAACAAAUGCGAAACUGUUCAAACCUACCUUUUGUGUGUCCAGUAAUACUAAUAGAGUGGGGCCAGCUGAUGAGUCCUCCCACUAUAAACAUAAGGGAUGAAAACCAUCUCUGUGGGAUAACCCCUGGAGAUUGUUUCUGGCUUUUUCUUGUUUUGCAGGUAUACAGCACAUUCUCUUCUUUGUCCUAUAGUUCUGACUACACAAUUGUGUUUGUAUACCUUCCAUGCCAUUGUGUCUGUCAUGCAGUGCAUUACAACUCUUCUGGUUUGCUCUGUUAUCUAUGUAUGUGGAGUCUGACUGUGUUGGGGUUGUUAGCAGCAGCAACUAUAUUCAACAUAUUAGGCAUGGUUGGUUUGUCAUUAAUUUUCAUUUACUCACAUCCAUACAACAAAUGCAAAUCCAUUCAAACCCUUGUCGGAAGGGGUGGUAAAGAAGGAAAAGGCAAGAAAAAUAAGUGUUUAGGUACAGCUAGAUAGUAUCGCUAUUCCAACCUCCAACAAUAGUCAAAGUGUUAGGCAUUGUUGGUUUGUCGUUUCGUUUACUCAUGUGCGUACAACAAAUGCGAAACUGUUCAAACCCUUGUUGGUAAAUUGCUAGAAAAAUAAGUGUUUAGGUACAGCUAGAUAGUACUGCUAUUCCAACCUCCAACUAUAGUCAAACUGUUAGGCAUUGUUGGUUUGUCGUUUCGUUUACUCAUGUGCGUACAACAAAUGCAAAACUGUUCAAACCCUUGUCGUAAAGGGUGGUAAAGAAGGAAAUUGCAAGAAAAAUAAGUGUUUAGGUACAGCUAGAUAGUAUCGCUAUUCCAAC